CCUGGUACCGGCGCUCCCAAGUACAGAUGGCACUCACACAUACAGCGCUCGAUAAGCGAUUUUGGAGGAGCGGUGGUACUACGGACAUAAUGAGCGAAACAGAGCCUCUUGAUGAAUCCUUUGUUGACUGUAGUUUACUCGACGGAUCUCUCCUAGAUGUGUCUACAGAAGAAACGGUAACUACAGUAACUGAUGUAACAGAACAGCACUUAACCGUCAAUCACCACCAGUGUCAAAUAUGUGAAAAGGUUUAUAAACGUAAAGCCAGUCUUACCAGACAUAUGAAGAUUCACAAAGAACAUGUAUUUUUUUGCUCUAAAUGUACCGCGUUCUUUGACAAUGAAACAGCCUUGGCUACACAUAGAAGUCAAAAGCAUGCUGGCAAUUAUUUAUGUGUCCAGUGCGGUAAAUGCUAUUCGUCCAAACAGGUUAUGGAACGCCACGCAGCAACACAUGACGAUUCGUCAAAGGCUAAUCAAUGCCCUAUUUGUGACAAAACACUUUCCGACAAAAUAAGACUUAAGGCACAUAUGAAUAUGCAUGAAGGAAUAAAGCCAUUCUCUUGUCCGACCUGCAACCGGAAGUAUAGGUGCAAGUACGAGAAAAAUAGACACCAGCUCGUAUGCAGUGGACAAAGAAAGUUAACAUGUUCUAUCUGCGAUGCACACUUUUCAGUCUUGAGGGCAUUAAAUGACCACAUGAAAGCACAACAUGAACUUAGGCGAUAUACCUGUAAAUUUGGCUGUGGAAGAAGUUAUGCAUACAUGUCGUCACUCCGCAAACAUGUCAAUAAAUGUAAGGGGAAAAUGUAAACGUUUCUUUCUUUUUUAAUUAGAACUGCACAGUAAUUGUAACAGACAGGUUUAAUAUCUAAUCAUAAACUGUUCUGUUUCAAAUGUUUCAUGUUAAGCAUAUUGUUCCGCUGAAAUUAAGAUUUGGUUUGGUAAUGAUAUUUGACAUGUUAAAUUAAAGGUCAAGUUUGAGACUUGGUGACUAGUUUGUGAAUAGUAGGUCAAUAGUGUAGAAAGAAUUUUUUUUUUUUUGAUAUCCGACAAAAGUUUUGAUAUAAAAAAUUCGAUUUUUCUGAUUAUCAAAAACUGAUUUACCAAGAAAUCAAUUUCUAACUUCAGAAUAUAAAAAGCCUAAUUUAAUAUCAAGAAGUCAUUUCCUGUUAUUCUGGAUAUCAAGAAUUCGAUUUCUUGAUAUAAAAAAUCUUGAGAAGCUUUUUAUUUUCGGAUGUCAGAAAAUUAUUUCUUGAUAUCUAAUAAUCUAUAUUUUGAUAUCAAGAAUUCGGUUUCCUUAUACCAGGAAAUCUAGUUUUGAUAUCAGAAAAUCUAAUUCUAGAUACUAUCAAGAUUGUUUUUAUGAUAUCAAUAAAUAUGUAUUGAUUUCAAGAAAUAUGAGGCGCCGUUUUACUAUUAAUACCCCAUUUCUUUGAGAUCAGAAAGUCAUUUUUUGAUAUCGAAAAUCGAUUUCUUGAUAUCUUAUAAUAUUUCUUGACAUCAUAAAAUAUUUUAUUGACAUCAAUAGGCAUAAGAAAAUCGAACUCUUGAUAUCCAAAACUGAAAUCUGAUUAUCAAGGAAUCAUUUUCUGAUAUCAGAAAAGAAAAAACAUUUCUUGAUAUAAAAAUAAUCCAUUUUCUGAUAUCAAGACUUCAUUUUCUGAUAUCAAAACUUGCAUUUUCUGGUAUUAAGAAAUUGAUUUUUUCCGAAUUUUUUUCUUUAGAAAAUAGGCAAUAAAUAAUAAAACUGCGUCCCAUAAAGUUGUACUCCAUGUGCGGCUGAUUAUGUUCGUAGAUUUUUAAGAGAAAAACAGCAAUUUUAUUUAUGUUCAUUCCUUUUUAUUUUCUAUAGAAAUAGGCGAUGAUUUAUAAUGUUUUAUAUUUAGUUCUCAAACAUAUUACUUCGUCGAUUGUGUAAGAAACACAGAGUUAGAAUUCGACUGUUAGCUUUUGUAAAAUUAUACAAUAGUAAAAUAAUGUACAUUGUAUGUGCAACAUUUCAAAAGCAAUCAUAUUACCAGCAAACUUCAGCUUCAUCUAGACUGUACAAGGAGUUCAAAGCCAGACUUAAACAAUAAAUUUCACAAUACAUAUAUAAACAAUGAAAAGGAGCAGAAAGUGCAGACAAUUCUUAUAUUCUAACAUGGUUAAAUUUUAGAU